UGGGAAUUAUACGCCAUUGCAUAUUGCUGCAUCCAUGGAUUAUGUGAAAUGCAUCAAGGUUUGUUUCUCUUGUGAGACAGUCAAAUACUGUUCAGCAGCUCAAUUAAUCCUUGCACUUUUUGGUACAAAUAGGCAAAGAUAAUGCCACUGAAAAUGAAAUAAACAAUUAUAUCAGUUUUUGCAGGGACGUUGGAACGACGUGAGUGGUGGUGUGCGGGGGUGGGGGGAUGGAUUUCAUGUUAGGGCCCUUUUCAAUGGGUUCAUAAUUUUUGCCUCAUGAAGUGAACAUGUAAUGAUUUUUUAAAAUAUCUCAAAUAUUUUCCUAAAUCGUAAAGGGCACCUUUGCCCCCCUUAGGAAAAACUAUGCCCCCUUUGCACCCCCCCCCCCCAGCACCCCUGUUUUUUUUUGUGAUGACAUUUGCAGAGUUGCCAGUUCAGAUGGCCUCCUGGUUUUGGGGCAGCCCAAGGUAUAAUGCGAUCACGCUAUGAAAAUGGUUCAUGCCAGUUCAAAAAAAUUGGGUUUUUUUUCACAACUUAAAUUUUUCCAAAUAAAUUUUUUUUUGGGGGGGGGGCUUUUGAGCUGGUUUCCCCCACCCCUGCGCCCCUCUUAGCGGCACUGGAUGGGGCAUGCCAAUUAAUAGGUGAACAUUUGUUUGUUUUUUAAUAAAAUCCAGUAUAAUUUGUGUUUAGGUGUUGUUGAAAAAUGGUGCCAACAUCAAGGCAUUGGACGAUUUCAGUAAAACUCCGUAUCAAACUGCAAUGCAACACAAACGAAAAGAAUCUGCCAAGUGUUUAAAAAGUGCAGGUAUUUAUAAAAUUGUAAGACGUUGUUGGUUAUGUGAGCCAGGGGCAGAUCUACCAGAGGGUGCAGGGGGUCCCCCCUUCCCCUAGUGGUCUCCUGCACCCAGUGGCGUAGCGCUCAUUGGUUAGGGUUGGUUCAAAAACUAAGGUCCCCCGACAGUUAGGUGCCCCAUCCACGGCCUAUCGCCCAGAAAAUUAGAAAACAUAAAAAGUGCAGGUGAAGAAUCAAUGGGAAAAUGCGAAAUUAAUAAUGCUAAAUAAUCAAGCCUCCAUCGACGACGGUAGCUGAUUUUUUUAUUCCAACUCAAAUUAAACAAAAGUUAUUCUUAAAAGUUGUCACAUAUGUUGGAGACUAUUAUUGUCAUUGUUAUAGACACAGAAUUUUCCAGAACAUUCUAUAAAUGUUCAAUAUAAAUAUAAUAUCUCAGUCAAACAAUGACAACAGGGGCCCCCACACCAAAUAUGCCUACGGGCCCCCUCUUCCUCUGUUAUGCUCCUGCCAGCACCCCCUUAAAGUAAACUCUGGUAUUCCAUAUUUAAGUUGUGAAUACUACCUAUUAUAUUGAAGGGACUGAUUUUCGAAUACGCGAAAAAAUAUUCAAGCGCCAAUACAGCAGGUCACCAUAUAACAUACAGUAACACUUUUCAUAAUUUUUUCCCAAAAUACAAGUGCUGUGAGGACAAAUUUAACGAAUUUAAUGUAGUACUCAGAAUGCAGGAAAUGACAUUUCUGGGUUUCAAAUUUCAAUUUUUUUUUUUUUUGGGGGAGGGGAGAAUGCCCUCGAACCCUGCCCCCCUCUGGAAAACCCCACCCCCUCUAACAAGUGAGGGCAGAUCCGCUUCUGAUGUGAGCUUUCCAGUAAGAUUGUAAGGAGGUGGUGCAUGAGGGAGCCUUACUGCUCACUCUCCUCUGCAGUCUGCAACGCUACUAUCUAACUAUUCCAACAUUACCAUUAUUUGAGAUGGCCGAAUCUGCAUGUUCGCCGUUCUGUUUCGUUUUAUGUACGUUUCGCUACUGUAGCGGACCACGAUUUACAAGUAGCGAGUAGUUUUUGACUACUUUUUUAAAACAGUAGUUGUGGCGGUAGCGAACCACAUUGUUUCAGCAGCGAAGUAGUCGAUUAAUUUUCAAGGAACAACCACUAUUCACUACUUUUCAAAUUGCAAAUUAGAAGAACAUAUGACAUCGGUUGAUAUGGCUGCAUAGACAUUGUCUGAUAUAGACAGGAAACCACCCGAGUGUAUUGGUGUCAGACCGAACUGUAGCUUUGUCAGGGUUCGUAGCGGUCUUUGAAAUCCUUGAAAGUCUUUAAAUUUGAAUGCAGGUCUUUAAGGUCUUUGAAAAGUCUUUGAAGUGUGUGAAAAAGCGAAGAAAGCCUUUAAAAGUCUUUAAAUUUUUCAGUGAGGAAUUGAUUAUACGAUUUCCUAGCUAAUAAAAUUUAGAUUGAUUGAAGCAAGAUUUUCGCAAAUAUCGACGAAAAAGUGCAUUUUAGGAUGUGAUUUGACGGGACUAAUUACUGUGUAAAAAUGGUGCUUAUACAUCGCAAUUUUUCGACACCAAAGGUCUUUGAAAAGUCUUUGACAAUAGGCCGAAAAAAUCUUUGAAAGUCUUUUUUUGGUCUUGGAGACUACGAACUCUGUUUGUCCAACGUAAAUCAAAAUGUACCCUAGUCCAGGACUAGAGGCUCGUAUGUUGCUGUAAAUGGAGAAUCAGAGUAGUGAGUAGUGUAUAAAAAGUGAACUCGAAGGGCGGAGCGGCGAGCGAAAUGGUGAAGUGGACAACGGGCUUAAGUUGUUGAAGUCUAUACUGCUGUUCUUGGCAAGCAAGUUAAAAUUUUGGCUUGGCAAUAAGUAAGAAUGACACAAAUUAUAUAAAAUUAAUAAAUAUUUUCCAACAUAAUUACUGUUCAGAAUUAACACAUUGUGCUGAUAUUAAUUUGUGUCGUUCAGACUUAUUUCCGAGCCAAACUGAACUGAAGGUCAUUGGACAUACAUAUGUUCAACCCAAAGUCAUCGGACAUUUGUAAAAGAUAUUUUAAGGCUUGAGUAUAGCCAACCGCUUAUUAUUUUACACUCUGUCUAAUGCCAGAUUACUUUAUUGUCUGUCUAACACCAGACUCAUUGGGUUAAUUUCUGUACUACUAUAAUAGAGAUUAUCAGAGCAGCUGGGAAAAAUCCGCAAGAACUGCAGGGUCUUCUUGAAGAAACGUCAACAAAAGACAUCACGCCGACCUGUUUUGACGAUGCGUUAAUCGAAGCAUGUCACAGGGGAAACUUCGACGCGGCCUGUAUGCUCUUGGUAUUUGGGGCGAAGAAAAUAAAGGAGAGUGCGUGUAUCUCGAUAAGAAAUGGUCAUUAUAAGAUCUCUGCAUUGUUGUUGCUUUGUUAUGCAGCCUUGCAGGGAAAUGUUAACGUCUUGGAAGCGUUGUUAGACAAGAGUUUGGACUGUUACGAAUGGUUGCAGAUGUUCGUUGAUGAGAGUGUGCCGAUUGGAACUGUUGUUGAGAACAUUAGGUAAGAAAGGAGAACAUUAGGUAAGUAAGAUUAACCCUUUAAAUUAACCUUUAAAUUAAAGAUUAACCCUUGGCAAUAUACAAUUACUUUAUGGUUUCCGUGUUUGGAUGGCCUGAUCCAAACACGCGGGAAUGUUGCGAGAGUUAAGAAAAGCGAGCGAAAUCACGAGCCGAAGGCGAGUGAUUUUGCCCGCUUUUCUUAACUCGAGCAACAUUCCCAAGUGUUUGGAUCAGGUCAUCCAAACACGGAAACCAUAAAGAAAUUGUUUUAUAAAAUAACAACAACACGAUAGUCUUCCGUGUUUGGAUGGCCUGAUCCAAACACGGGUUUCGACCAAUCAGAGCACGCGUUAUAUACAUGUUAUUUUAUAAUGCACCCUGAUGCGCCCUACUUUAUUAUUUUACUCUGUCUAACGCCAGAUUAUUUUACUCUGUCUAACGCCAGACGAUUUUACUCGUCAAGUGGAGAGUGCUGCCACUCGGGGGUUAGGGCCGGUCGUAAAGUAACUGCUAGGGUGGGCUGGAGUGAUUUGGGAUGGGUCAUGGAAAAUCUUUGGGCAGUUUCGAUGGGCCGCCAAAUUUUUUGUAUGUCCACAGUUGGGCCACCAAACAAAAACCCAUGCAUGUCUACUUCAAAAAAUAAAGAUAUUAAUAAUAAAAGUAAACAAAACUAUCCAAAUUAUCAAAUGCAAAUGAUGCUAUUGAAGCCAGUACGUUGUUUAUACAACAACAAGAGGUGGUCGAAUCACAGCAAAUACAACCAAACUGGAGAACAUCUCAGUAUCGUAAUAAUGAACGUGCAACAAUCGGAAAAUUACCGAUUACCGCGAUUAUUCAUGCAACGAUCUACCCGAUGCCGAUUUUAUAAUAUCUGUCGACCCGAGUGAAGGUGACGUCAUUCAUGUCGAUUUUUCAACAUCAAAUGUUACUGCAACCAAAGAUUGUUAAAACCGUUAAUAAAUGGCACGCUUCACACAUUAAUUUAACUUAAAAAACUCAUUAAUAAUUCAGGAGCAAAACACAAAGAAAAAUCAUAAGCGUGUCGUGGUUUUAUAUGUGAUAAAAAAUCACGUUAAUUUACAUAAACUUUUGCUUUGAUUUUCUCGGUUUAGAAAAGUUUAUUUUAAAAAUUUCUUCGCCAAUGAACUCGUAUGUAGUCGUGUUUUAUCACAUAAAUGUAGUCGUGUUUUAGUAGCCAAUGUAGUCGUGUUUUAUCACAUAUAAAACACUCCGCUACGCGUCGUGUUUUAUAUGUGAUAAAACACUCCUACGCGUGCUUUAAAUAGUACUUCAAAAACUCGAUAAUUCAGGAGGAAAACACAAAGAAAAAUCACAAGCGUGUCGUGGUUUUAUAUGUGAUAAAAAAUCAUGUUAAUUUACAUAAACUUUAGCUUUGAUUUUCUCGGUUUAGACAAAGUUUAUUUUAAAAAUUACUUCGCCAAUGAACUCGUAUAAGAUGAGUCGUUUUUGAAGCCAUUUAAAGCACUUGUAGUCGUGUUUUAUCACAUAUAAAACACUCCGCUACGCGUCGUGUUUUAUAUGUGAUAAAACACUCCUACGCGUCCUUUAAAUAGUACAUAUUGCGUUAAAAUGCAACGUGUAUCAACCGCAAUGCAUAUAAUUUUUAAAGUGCAUAUUUUCUCAACAAUCGGUUUUAGACAAUUGGAAAAAUAUAUAAUUUUACCGACUCCGGUUGUCUAUCGAUAAGGCAAAGUUCGGCCGGAUAUCGAUUAUCGGUCAAUCACUAAAUUUUUUUAUUACCGGCGUAUAACUGCAGAAAAUAUUUGCCCAACAAAGAAAAAAAUAUUCUUGUAAAAAUUUCAUGUUAUAUUCCUAAUAGUAUUAUUAAGACUCUCAGUGUAUUGAAAUUAAUGUUUUUAGUAGUGUCACACAGUCACAGCGUCCGAGUGUCGAUUUGAUUAUUUAUAGAAAAUUGUUCUCUUGCGCUCCCAGAAAGUAAAAUCUUUUUUUCCACCAGUGACGGUAAUUAUCAUGAUGGUACUUCUCUUUUUUUUAGGGAAAGUUUAAAAAAUAUCGAAGACUACACUAGCAUUGCGAUAAAGCUACCCGAUUUAGGAAACUCGGUGACCGUAUUAAAAGACCUUUUGGUAAAUACCUCGUGUCGAGUUAAGGAGAAAAAAGUGAAUUGGAGCAAACUACGUUUGAGCACAAUCGACGAAUCUUGGCUGUUUCAUAUCAAAUCCUGGGUGCAGUUUUUAAACCUCUCACAUAACACACUAACUUCACUGCCAG